UCUGCAACUUAAUCGAGAGGAAUGUGCAUGUGAUCAUCAGCCUGACCACCUGCUCGGUGGCACAGUUAAUCGAAUCACAAACUUCACCACACAGAAUAACACAUGUGGCUAUCCCCAGACCAGCAUGCUCUAAAGAUUCCAUCGAUUCGAGUGCACUGUCAGCCUCAACAACAAUAUGGAUUCAACCAACACCUGAGCAUACAAGCAGAGCGAUAUACGAAUUAAGCGAAACUGAACGUGCUGCUUUAGCUUUACUUCUAAGUGAUUCACCUACUU